AUGUUUCACUCUUGUUGACCAGGCUGGAGUGCAAUGGCAUGAUCUCGGCUCAUCUCGGCUCACCACAACCUCUGCCUCUCAAGUUCAAGUGAUUCGCCUACCACAGUCUCCCGAGUAGCUGGGACUGUAGGCAUGCGCCACCACACCUGGCUAAUUUUUUAUUUUUAGUAGAAAUGGAGUUUCUCCAUGUUGGCUAGGCUGGUCUCGAACUCCCAACAUCAGGUGAUCCACUGCCUUGGCCUCCCAAAGUGCUGGGAUUACAGGUGUGAGCCACUGUGCCUGGCCAGAACUAUUUAAAAUAAAAUUAAAAAUGCAAUUCCUUUAUCACACUAGCUCCAUUUCAAGUUCUAAAUGGCCACAUGUGUCUAGAAACUACCAUACUGAGCACAGCUGAUUAACAUUUCCUUCUUUGCAGAAAGGUCUUUCGGACAGUGCUGCUCUAGACAAAAGUUUUAAUUCAUCAUGUUUGUGCUGGCUUCAAUAAAGAAGUGUAGCUUAAAUCAAUGCACAGCAUUCCCCAGUCUCUACCCAAACAUUAUUCAAACGCAGCAGAAAAAAACUACUGCGGGAUUAUAUUACAAUCCAUACAUGACAGAAUCACAUUUGGUCUCAGUAGGUGACCAAAGUUAACCUUGGAAGAGGCCAAUAGAGACUUUAAAGGGGCUGCUAAAGCUCAGGAUGUGAUAUAGGGGUCUGGGCAUUAUAAGUAUUCAUAAUAUUUUCCCACCAAAGAUCUGUGACAAAUAGCAGCAGUUUGUGAUUGCUAAGCAUUACACUGAGAAAUGGGGCUAUGGGAUGGGACAUAUGAAUGACAGGUAUUGGAGCAUUGCUGAAUAAGAAAGCCUGGAGAAUUCAGGCAAGGGUGGAUAGACAUCUUGGGUAAAAUGAGUUUAUUAUAGUGAAAUUCUAGUUCUACAGAACUAAAGUGACUGGCAGAGAACAAAUAAAUCAGGUUUCUCACCUUAUGUUUAAAUGUUAUGGUUUUGUAUGGCACCUUAACAGAAAGGGCUGUGGUAGAAGACUAAGGCAUAUUAUCCAUCAGAGCAUCCACUUGGACAAUGUUACCCAAGAUCCUGACUUACUGAAAUUAAUCACUUUUGUAAUUUUAAAAAAAACCCUCCAAUUUAAUGGAAAAAAUUGUUUUCAAUCACCUCUUUUAAAGGAAUGUAUUUUGCUCUGCUCAAUUAAAAAAAUUGUUAUUCAUGGGGUGAAGGGAUAAGAAAUGGACUGAGAACUGUAGAACUCUUGGCACAUGACUCCAUCCAAACCUCUGAGUUACUAAGAGACAAACUUUACAUGGCUUCUAGCAGUAUAAGAGCAUGUCUCUAGAUUAACCUCAGCUCCCCCAUUAAAAUGCCUGCCUGAGAAAGCUCAAUGCUACUAGGAGAAUUUACUGUUUGUUCUAGCUAACACUUGAUGAUAGGCUCCUGACCUCCCUUUCUCAGAGCAUUUAUUAAGGGCUUACAAUUACGAAUCCUUCCUUCUUCUCUUUAGGGUGUUUACGUAUCUCCUACAACUCAAGAGGUCCUUCUCAAGGACCUGAGAGCCAUUCCUCUGAAAUGGGAUCGUCAGGAAGGGCAGAGCCUCUACCUCCCAAUCUCGGUGCAAGAAUAACACUCUAGGCCAUGCGCAGUGGCUCACGCCUGUAAUCCCAGCAUUUUGGGAGGCCUAGACAGGUGGAUCACCUGAGGUCAGGAGUUUGAGACCAGCCUGGCGUACUGGCGAAACCCUGUCUCUACUAAAAAUACAAAAAUUAGACGUGUUGGCGCGUUGGCGCGCGCCUGUAAUCCUAGCUACUUGAGAAACUAAGGCAGGGGAAUUGCUCGAACCGCGGGGGAGGGAGAGGGAGCGGAGGUUGCUGUGAGCCGAGAUCGCGCCACUGCACUCCAGCCUCGGCAAGAGCGAAACUCCGUCUCAAGGUAGCAGAUACAUCUGGCCUAAUUGCAUUUAUCCUAAUCAACCUGUAACGUUUCACUUCUCUGACACUACCGAGUCCUGACCACCUUCCUUCCCCCCAUUCUCCCUCUGAAAUGCCCAGUCACUUCUUUACACAUCGGAACAGAGGACUUUCCCUUUCUGUACGUAGUUACUGAAUCAAGUUUUUUCACUGCUUUCAUGUCUAGCUGGGUUCUCUUUGACAGGAUCCAAAAGGGGAAUUCAGUCCAUUUGCCUUUCCAUCUGCAGGGCAAACUUGGAGCUGGCUUUGAGGAAGUUAAGCCUUUCGUAAAAACAAAACAUCCAACUCCGAAGCCCUUCCCCUUAGGCCUGGGCCCUUGCCUCACCAAGCAACACCUACAGGUGACAACCAGGCCGCUGGUUCACGGACCUAGGUAACGACACACACUGCCGUGUAACAAACUCCUGCUCAUCGAGGGCAUCUGAGCUGGACGCACCAGUGAAUUAACCGCGUUCACGGUGACUACGUUCCUGAUUAGUAUUCACGGAGUAACUGGUGACCCCACCAAAUGUCGUUUAAGGUGCGAGGUACAGAAGCCUUGAGGACUGGGAUUUACCCAUCGGAGCCGUCGGCCGUCCCUAAGGGCUCCGCCGACUUCACUGGAGUGAGGAAAGUCACUUCUGGAUACAGACUUUUCCUUCGCCGGCGAAGCAGGCCAGCGCCCAGCCGGAGACCCCCGCCGCCACGGCCGGAAGUUUACCACUCACUUCCGGCGUCGCGCCCGGAAGUGGCUUCCGGCCGCAGCUCCGUAAAGCAAGAUGGCACUACUCUCUCUGAGUCUAUUAUCUCCGUUUUAUUUCUAAUGUUCCUCUUCUCACAGACUUACUCCUGAGUUCCAUCACUCACCCUAAUUUUCUUCAGCACCACAUUCUCAUACUUUUCUUUCAUUCAGCCUUGGUGGAGGAUGGGAUGGAGACAACUUGCGACUAGCCUGAGCAAAGCCGGGCACCAUUUUAUACGGAAACUGAAGGGAGUGCGGGGGCGUGUGGAGGACUCCAGAGGAGGCCGGGUUGGAGACAGAGCGUGGGAGGGAGGGCGGUGUUCACCGGUGAUGUAUUUCCGCUUCUGGUCUGCCUGGUCGUUUCUGGUUGGAUCGGCUCGUUGCGGGGAGGGCGGGGGCAGAUUGUUUGCAGCCUAGAAUCUCCGCGGACGGGAAGGUAAACUGAGCUCCUCAGAGACGCUCAUCCCACAGCCUCAGCUCGGGCCUAGCCUUCUCUCUCCAGCUGCCACCACAGCCUGGAGGCGCCUGCCUCCACCCUCCCGAAUGGUGCUCCUCCUAGCAGGCCUUGGCCCAGGGUCCAAGCCCCCUUUGCCCCCUGCCUUGGAGCUGUUGCUCCGGGUUUCUCAUAGUGGACUCCCUGUGGCGGGAAGGGAAGAACUUUUGCACAGACAAGGCUUCAGCUCCAGGAACCCCACUGACAACUGGAAUCUCAACCUCUAACCUAGUGUGAGGUUCUUCCCGUGCCCACCUUUUCUGCCUUUUGAGAAGAGAAACCCUUCUCCUGGCUGUCUAGAGCCCAGGAAGCCCCGGGCUGGGGCCCUGGGCCCAGCAUGUCAGUCCUCUCUUGUGCAUAGGGCUCUGCUCUCUCCCUGUCAGCAUGGCUGAGCUCAAACCGGUUCCAGGGGGGCGGGAGACCCCACAGGGGGAGCUGCGGCCUGAAGUUGUAGAAGAUGAAGUCCCUAGGAGCCCAGUCACAGAAGAGCCAGGAGGAGGUGGAAGCAGCAGUGCUGAAGCCAAACUGUCCCCAAGAGAAGAGGAAGAACUGGAUCCUAGAAUACAGGAAGAGCUGGAGCACCUGAACCAGGCCAGCGAGGAGAUCAACCAGGUGGAGCUACAGCUAGAUGAGGCCAGGACCACCUAUCGGAGAAUCCUGCAGGAGUCGGCAAGGAAGCUGAAUACACAGGGCUCCCACUUGGGGAGCUGCAUCGAGAAAGCGCGGCCCUACUAUGAGGCUCGGCGGCUGGCUAAGGAGGCUCAGCAGGAGACACAGAAGGCAGCACUGCGCUACGAGCGGGCUGUGAGCAUGCACAACGCUGCUCGGGAAAUGGUGUUUGUGGCUGAGCAGGGCGUCAUGGCCGACAAGAACCGACUGGACCCCACAUGGCAGGAGAUGCUGAACCAUGCCACCUGCAAGGUGAAUGAGGCGGAGGAAGAGCGGCUUCGCGGUGAGCGGGAGCACCAGCGGGUCACACGGCUGUGCCAGCAGGCGGAGGCUCGGGUCCAAGCCCUGCAGAAGACCCUCCGGAGGGCCAUUGGCAAGAGCCGCCCCUACUUUGAGCUCAAGGCCCAGUUCAGCCAGAUCCUGGAGGAGCACAAGGCCAAGGUGACAGAACUGGAGCAGCAGGUGGCUCAGGCCAAGACACGCUACUCCGUGGCCCUUCGCAACCUGGAGCAGAUCAGCGAGCAGAUUCACGCUAGGCGCCGCGGGGGUCUGCCUCCCCACCCCCUGGACGCUCGGCGCUCCUCCCCUGUGGGGGCUGAGGCGGGACCUGAGGACUUAGAGGACGGAGACAGCGGGAUUGAGGGGGCCGAGGGUGCAGGGCUGGAAGAGGGCAGCAGCCUGGAGCCUGGGCCCGCCCCCGACACCGACACCCUGAGUCUGCUUAGCCUGCGCACCGUGGCUUCAGACCUGCAGAAGUGCGACUCGGUGGAACACUUGCGCGGCCUCUCGGACCACGUCAGCCUGGAUGGCCAAGAGCUGGGAACCCGGAGUGGAGGGCGCCGGGGCAGCGACAGUGGGGUCCGUGGGGGUCGGCACCAGCGCAGUGUCAGCCUGUAGCCUGGGGACCAGGGUGACUGGCUUGGAUCUGCUACCGUGGGCCAAUUGGGGCCCUCUCCCCGAGGUCCCUUCUCCAGUGCUUCCCUGGGAGAGGCCAGCUGUGUUUGAGCCCUCUGUGUCUGCCCUGGCUUUCUCACAGCCUCCCCUGCCCCUCAGCAGGCAGCUCUCUUGGCCUUACCCAUUCAGAAGGCUUGCUCUCGGGCUCUGCCUGCCUUGCCCUGCUGGCUCAUCACAGUCUGCAGAGCGUUGAACCUUUGCUCUCCCUUUCUUCUGCUUCCAUCUGGCUUUUUUCCCUCAGGGAACUUGGUCUAGAAGGCCCUAGGAAACUCAUCAGGAGAAAUUGGGUGCCGGCUGAGUACCCUUGCCGGAGGGGGUGGAAAAGUGCCCCUCCGUUGCUUUCCAGCCCUGCCCCCUUCCCAACGCAACUCUGGAGGGCACCCUAGGUACGCUACUGAACGCUGUGCCCCUGUCCUGUUUCAGCUGGCCCAUGUAUAACCUGUAAGGUGUACUGUGUGCCUCUGGAAGACACCACCCUUCCCUUCAGCAUUCCCUUUCGAUACCUGACCACUCUGCCAUGUGUGCCCCGAAGCAGAACUUACAGGACCUGACCCAACCCCAUUGUCAACAUAGGGAACGUCACCAACUCCAGACUGACUCCUGUGGGUAUGGGGUUUCCCCAGCUGGGCUGGGUCUUUCACAUUGUCAAGGUGCUAGUGGGUACCUCACAGGCCUGGUGUUGGGGUGAAGUUAUGAUGAGGUCCUGAAGGCGCAGGCCCCUGUCAUUCCCACCCUCACACUCCUGCUGCACAGCUGUGUUUACUUUUUCUGGAUAGAGGAUGCUGAACUGACUCAGCACCCUCCUGCAGGGUGGGGUUAGGGAAUUUGGUGCUCAAUUGCUCUCCCUUGCUCUUCCCCAAACUAAACAAUACUUACUGCAGGAUCCCUUGGGGCAUGCUCAAGCUUGUCUGCCAACCCUCUUCCUUUGUUACUGGAGGGGUUGGCCUGGGGUGAAAAGUACUGCCCUCUGCAGGGAGCGGCUCCAGCUGCCUGGCAGUGCUCCCAGACAGUAGGGAAGCCACACCAGGUCUGGGUGCCUGGGAGGAUGGGCCCUUCCUUUGGUCCCCAGGAGAGUGGAGAGCUCUCGUCUAGGCCCGUGUUCUGCCGGUGACGGGGAUGAAUGGGCAUCUGCACCCUGCACAGGUGUCUCCAGGUUGAGGGUGGUUGGUCACAAUGAGAACCUCGGCGUUUGAGGUGGCCUUGGGCAGAGAGCAGCGAGGGAGGGAGGGUGUGGGUGUGCAAGCGUGCAUGUGCUGGUGUGUAAGGGGGAAAGGGUCUUCCCUGGUUUUAUUUAAAUAAAGUAGUUUAUGUAACAGUUAA